AUGGCUCCAAUCAAGAAAAAGGCGCUCAUCAAUUGCGACAUGGGAGAAGCGUACGGGAACUGGGCUUGUGGGCCUGAUCUCGAGCUGCUUCCGUUGAUUGAUAUUGCCAACGUCGCCUGUGGCUUCCACGCUGGUGACCCUUUGAUCAUGAUGGAAACAGUGCGAAACUGCAAGGCCCACAAUAUUCUGAUCGGAGCUCAUCCCGGGUUACCAGAUAUUCAAGGAUUUGGGCGACGAGAGAUGAAGCUCUCCCCGGAAGAGCUCACAGCAAUCACUAUCUACCAAGUGGGCGCUCUUCAAGCCUUCUUGGACCGCGAGGGGGUGCGGCUCAACCAUGUCAAGCCCCAUGGGGUCCUCUAUGGAAUGAUGUGCAGGGAUUAUGAGGUAGCCAAGGCUGUCAUGCUGGGGAUUCCAAAGGGAGUGCCUGUCUUUGGAUUGGCUGGAACAAAUAUGGAAAAGGCCGCCAAUGAUCUGGGAAUCGAAUUCCAGGCUGAAUUCUAUGGCGAUGUGAAAUACGAUUCCAAGGGAAUGCUUGUGAUUGAUCGCAAGAAGAAGCCAUGGGACACUGCGGACGUCGAGAAGCAUGUCCGGCAGCAACUUGAGGAGCAAUCUGUGACGAGCGUUGAGGGGACAGUAGUGCCCCUACCGAUGAAGGACUACAGCGUCUCCAUCUGUUGCCACUCAGACUCCCCGGGAUGCGUGGAGAUCAUGAAGACAACACGGAAAGUGGCGGACGAAUUCAAUAAAAAGUAUGGAUUCUGA